AUGCCCACCAUUGUGGCACUGGCAACGGAUCCCGCGAUACAAAGCUAAGCUAUCAGGCUAAUCUAUAUAGUUACUAAACUAAGUGAUAUUGAUCAAUGACCGACUUGAACCGGGUUGUAUCAUUCUAUUGACAACAAGUAGUACGGGGGGGAUCACUUGUUAAGUGCUAGUUCUGAGUUUAGCAACGUUAUCUUCUGUCCUGGUGAAUGUUUUGCUCUGAUUUCGAAGUAAAGACGAGGAAUAAGGAGUAAUCCCGGGAUCCUGACGGGUGAUGCCCUUUAUCCCUCGAGCACCCUGCUGGUUUCCGUGGUGACGGGGAGAGGGACCAUGGCCCCAGUGUCAGAGGGGCAGCAGGGGCGGCGCCUGGUCAGAGAGGACUGCCUCUGUCCAGUGUGUAUGGAGAUUUACCUGGAACCAGUCACCCUGCCCUGUCAGCACACCUUCUGCAAGCCUUGUUUCCUCAAGUCGGUGGACCAGGCCACGCUGUGCUGUCCUCUGUGCCGAAAGAGGAUCUCCACCUGGGCACGCCUCAACAGCCGCAAGAAGACCCUGGUCAACGAGGAGCUGUGGAGAGAGGUGCAGGACGCUUUCCCCCUGCAGUGCCAGCGUCGCCUCAAUGGGGAGGAGGAGGUGGACGAGGAGCACGCGGAGUCCUCGAGGCCUCGAGUCUGCCAGCCAGGAGAAGUGAGGAAGGAGUACGAGGACCAGGUCUCCAGGCUGGAGGAGGAGCGUCGUGUGGGGGAGGAGGCGGAGAGCAGGGCAAGUGAGGAGUUCAUCCAGCUCCUCCUGCAGGAGGAGGAGCUGCGUUUGGCCCAGGAGAGAAGGCGGCAAGAGGAGAAACUUGAGGAGGACGAGAGGCUGGCACGCCUCCUCAGCCAGGAGCUGAACUCCUCUCCGGUGUCUGAGCCUGCUUCUUCUCAUGCCAAGAUAAAACCUGCCCCUGGACAAAUAGACAGGUUCCUGUGUCCACUGCCUCCAAGACCAACCAGUUCAGUCACCAACAGGGACAACAUACUGCUCACCCCCCCACCCCCAGACAUCACCAGACCAGCUUCACCCAGACACCCGGACACCCCCCGACCGGCUCCCCCAGGAGACCCAGACCAGACCGAAGCCCCCCCCGUCCUGACCCCAUCCUCCAAGAGAGGCAGCGUCCAUGUGGAGACGGGCCCAGCCUCCUCCUCCUCCAAGAGACGCUGCUCUUCCCACCCCAGCACCUGGCCGCACCAGCAGGUCUCAGACGGUUCUGGAGUCCGAGGGGGCGGGGAGGGGGAGGAGGAGGUCUGUGUUCUCCUGGUGGAGGAGCUGAGCCGGCAGGAGGAGGCGCUGUUCGGCCGCCGUCAGCAGGAGGAGCAGGACCGUCUGGUGGCUGAGCUCCUCCAGAAGGAGCUGAACAAGGAGGAGCAGCGGGCCUUCACCGACCGCAGCAAAGGCUCCGCUGACCCUUACCAGCUGCGCCGCAAAGCCAGAACCCCCAGCAGAACCUCCUCCUCCUCCUCCUCCUCCAAACGAAAUGAGGUGGGAGCAGAGCGAAGGGCUACUCCUAACAGACAGACGGCCAGCAGCUCAAGCUCCGGCCCCGCCCCUCACCUGCCAGGGGCCAAUAAGCAGGCCUCACUAAAGGAUAUGUUCCGACGCCUCUCCAACUGAGAUCGGGACCAUCGGACCUUAGUUUCUCCCCCCACGCUUCCUCCCUGCUAACAUUCAUUGCCAAGUACGUUAGCAUCAUUACACUGCUCGUAGCGCACAGUAUACUGUAUGUUGGCAUCCUAACACUGCUUCUAGCGCACAGUAUGCUGUAUGUUAGCAUCCUAACACUGCUUGUAGCGCACAGUAUGCUGUAUGUUAGCAUCAUUACACUGCUUGUAGCGCACAGUAUGCUGUAUGUUAGCAUCCUAACACUGCUUCUAGCGCACAGUAUGCUGUAUGUUAGCAUCCUAACACUGCUUGUAGCGCACAGUAUGCUGUAUGUUAGCAUCCUAACACUGCUUGUAGCGCACAGUAUGCUGUAUGUUAGCAUCCUAACGCUUCUUGUUGCUGACAGUUUGUUAGCAUAGCAUCAUAAUGCUGCUUGUUGCGUCAGGUUUACAGUACGUUAGCAUCAUAAUGCUGCUUGUUGCGUCAGGUUUAACGUUUACAGUUCACAGCAUGUGAUUGCGAGACUGAUAUGAGGGAGUUGACCUGAAUGCGAUAAGGUUUGCAUCAGCAGUUCCUCUAAAUGUUGCAGUUACUCUGGAAAUAAACUGCCCACUGGUAGCUGUUAUGUCUUGGUCUGGUUUGUUACAGGAACUCACUGGACACCGGCUCAGAUCAGGCCUGGAACUAUUGUCCGUUAACUACCGCUCUCUCCUUAUUCCCCCCUCAAACAAUGUAGGACAAUCCGUCCCAGGUAUGUACCCUGUCCGCAGGGCCUAAUAUAGCCACGAGAUCAGGGAAUCCAUCCUUUGACUUCUUCUGCAAAGUCUGGGUUCGCUCAGCUCAUCUUGACCAAUCAGAGAAGGUUACCAUUUUAGUGUCUGUUCCACUUGAUGUGGUGAGUCAGAUGCAGUGCUGCAUAGACCUGAGGAUCUGCUCUGUGAUUUUGCUACAGUCAGUUGGAGGAAAUAACCAAUCAGCACGAGAGUCUGAGUCAUCUGAGAAGCUGAAGAACAGCAAAGCAGCAUAUAUAUUGGGGGUGUGACGACAUGGCCGUUUUUGGUCCAUACCCAAACUUUAUAAAAAAUGAGUAAAUGACAUUUGACAUUGUUAUGAAGAUGCUGCUUUAUAUGAAGAAAAUGUAUGUAAUAAUGUGUAAUUAAAAUAUGAAUCAAUCGUGUUUA